AUGUCGUUAAAUAAACUUUCUAAAUGUUUUUUGAUAAAUGUAUUAUCAGCAAAUCGACUUUCCCGAGCUUCAAUUGUCGGUAAUAAAUUGAGAUUUAGUACUAAAUCAGCUGCAUCUGACCAUGAUGAUCCGGAUGCUGGCGCGCGCCGUCUUUCUUCUCGGUCUGAGCACUUAUCCCGUGUUAAGGAAUUCAAAGAAUCUGGUUUAAUAGUUACUGGCGGUGCAAUCUUAUCGGAUACUAAAUCCGAAGAUGCAACGAUGAUCGGUAGUGUUAUGAUAAUGGAGGCUGAUAAUGAAGAUGAAGUAAGGAAAUAUAUUGAAGAAGAUCCAUAUGUUAUCAAUAAAGUUUGGGCUGGAUAUGAAAUUUUAGGAUUUAAGUUGGCAAAUGUAUAA